AUGAAAACAAUUAUUGCAGCCUGUUCCCAAAAUCUUAGUGGCAGCCGCGCCAGCAUCCAGACCACCCUGCGCACCCUGCUCGCAGCACCCUGGCCCUCGCAGCGGGACAUCCGCUCCUGGCUCCAGCUCCUCUCCGUUCUGCAGUGGGUGCUCAGCUUCCUGCUGCUGGGAACCAUCAGCCUGCUGCUCCUCAUCUACCUGGUGUUCACCAGCUUCUGGCCCAUCUCCGCGCUCUACCUGGCCUGGAUCAUCUUUGACUGGGACACGCCGGAGAAAGGUCGUGCCAUCGGGUACCUGCUGUCCAAGAACGGCACCGGCAACGCGGUGGCCAUUGUCGUCGGCGGCGCGGCCGAGUCGCUCUCCUGCCAUCCCGGCGUCACCACGCUCAUCCUGAAGAACCGCAAGGGCUUCGUCCGCAUGGCCCUGCAGCACGGGGCCCACCUCGUCCCCUCCUUCUCCUUUGGGGAGAAUGACCUCUUCCACCAGGUGGUCUUUGAGGAGGGCAGCUGGAUGAGGAGCAUCCAGCACCGGUUCCAGAAGAUGAUGGGCUUCGCUCCCUGCAUCUUCUACGGCCGGGGCCUCACCUCUGUCCGGUCCUGGGGCUUCCUCCCCUACGCCAGACCCAUCACCACCGUGGCGGGGGAGCCGGUGAUGGUGCCCAAGAUUGAGGACCCGAGCUGCGAGAUGGUGGACAUGUACCACGAGAUGUACGUCCGCUCCCUGCUCAAGCUCUUCGACGAGAACAAGACCAAGUAUGGGCUGUCGGAGGCGGACGAGCUGCACAUCCUCUGA